GCGGGGCCCGCGGCCCCCCCCGGCGGCCCCAUGAAGGAGCCCGAUGCCAUCAAACUCUUCGUGGGGCAGAUCCCGCGGCACCUGGAGGAGAAGGACCUCAAACCCAUCUUCGAGCAGUUCGGCAAAAUCUACGAGCUCACCGUCAUCAAGGACAAGUACACCGGCAUGCACAAAGGAUGCGCCUUCCUGACCUACUGCGCCCGCGAGUCGGCCCUCAAGGCCCAGAGCGCCCUGCACGAGCAGAAAACCCUCCCGGGGAUGAACCGGCCCAUCCAGGUGAAGCCGGCGGACAGUGAGAGCCGAGGAGGUACCGAGGACCGCAAGCUCUUCGUGGGGAUGCUGAGCAAGCAGCAGGCGGACGAGGACGUGCGCAAGAUGUUCGAGCCCUUCGGGACCAUCGACGAGUGCACCGUGCUCCGGGGCCCCGACGGCACCAGCAAAGGUUGCGCCUUCGUCAAGUUCCAGAGCCACACGGAAGCCCAGGCUGCCAUCGCCGCCCUGCACAGGAGCCGGACGCUGCCGGGCGCCUCGUCCAGCCUGGUGGUGAAGUUCGCGGACACGGAGAAGGAGCGGGGCCUGCGGCGGAUGCAGCAGGUCGCCAGCCAGCUGGGCAUGUUCAGCCCCAUCGCUCUCCAGUUCGGGGCCUACAGCGCCUACACGCAGGCGCUGAUGCAGCAGCAGGCGGCCCUGGUGGCCGCCCACUCGGCCUACCUCAGCCCCAUGGCCACCAUGGCCAUCCAGAUGCAGCACAUGGGCACGGUGAACCCCAACGGGCUCAUUGCCACCCCCCUGCCCCCUUCCUCAGGGACCAGCACGCCGCCCGCCAUCGCCGCCACGCCGGUGCCCGCCAUCCCGGCCCCGCUCGGCGUCAACGGCUACAGCCCGGUGCCCGCGCAGCCCCCGGGGCCGCCCGCCUCCGACGCCAUCUACGCCAACGGGGUUCACCCCUACCCAGCCCAGAGCCCCGCUGCCCCCGUCGACCCCCUGCAGCAGGCCUACACCGGGAUGCAGCACUACACAGCCGCCUACCCGGCCGCCUACGGGCUGGUGAGCCCGGCCUUCGCCCAGCCGCCCCCCCUCCUGGCCCAGCCGCCCCCCCAGCAGCAGCAGCGCGAAGGCCCCGAGGGCUGUAACAUCUUCAUCUACCACCUGCCCCAGGAGUUCGCCGACACCGAGAUCCUCCAGAUGUUCCUGCCCUUCGGCAACGUCAUCUCCGCCAAGGUCUUCGUGGACCGGGCCACCAACCAGAGCAAGUGCUUUGGCUUCGUGAGCUUUGACAACCCGGCCAGCGCCCAGGCCGCCAUCCAGGCCAUGAACGGCUUCCAGAUCGGCAUGAAGCGCCUCAAGGUGCAGCUCAAGAGACCGAAAGACGCCAACCGGCCGUACUGACCCCCC